AUGAGCGACUCAGAUGGCGGCCGACCCAUUGAGGGCCACACCGACCCCAACUUUCCUCCACCGACAGGUGAAUGGGACACGCCUGUCAUCAUCUACGGCUACACCCCAUCCUUCGCCCUCGCCGUCCUCGCCGCCGUCCUCUUCCUGCUCCUCGCCAUCGUACACCUCUGGCAGUCCUUGCGCUACAAGUCGUACUACUUCCUGACCUUCCCCAUCGGUCUCGUCCUCGAGGUCGUCGGCUACGUCGCCCGCGCCCUUUCGGCUAAGAAGAACCCCUACAACCUUAUCUACUUCAUCCUCAACUACUUCUUCAUCGUUACGGCCCCCGUCUUUCUCGCGGCGGGCAUCUACACCGUCCUCUCGGCCCUCAUCCACCGCCUCGGCCGCAAGUUUGCACCACUACCCCCCAAGUUUGUGCUCUGGUUCUUCGUCACGAGCGACGUCAUCGCCACCAUCACCCAGGUCGCCGGCGCCGCCCUCAUCGGCGUCUCGCAGUCGAACCGCGACGACCCGACCACCGCCAACAACAUCCUGCUCGCGGGUCUCGCCUACCAGGUCUUCGCCAUGGGGUGCUUCGUCAUGAGCUCGGGCAUCUUCGUCUGGCGCGCACGCCGUGCCGUGGCCGCGUCUGGGUUGACGGCGUUCGUGUCGGCGUUUGGCGCGGCAACGCUGCUGGUCUACCUGAGGACGAUCUUCCGUCUGGCUGAGACAGCAGAGGGUCUUGGCGGGGAGCUGCAGACGAAUGAGGUGUACUUUGGCGUGCUCGAGUUUGCGCCCGUCGUCUUGGCUGUCAUGCUGUUUGCUGCAUGGCACCCUGGACGGUGCGUUGGGCGGAAGGUCUCUGGUGAUGGUGCAACUGCUACUGAGAGGAAGGAGGUUGCCCGUGAGGAUUCGAAUCAGGCGAUCGCGGUCUGA